AUGCCGGGCGGCUCUACAACAAAGCUGUGCAAUUCUUGCAUGCAACGCAUAAAUGUUGCAUGCAAGAAAUGCAAAUUGUGUGGGGCCCAACAACCAAUGAAAAGGAAACUCCAAAAGGCAAAGGAGAAGAUCAACCAGGAAUGGGGGCAAAAGCUUAAAAAGGGCGGUAAUACCAAUAAACUGGUAGAUUCUGCCCAGAUUCUGAUUCACAAGUUCAAGAUGGUGGGUUUAAACCCAAUUAUUUUGUUUGGAUAUGCUAAAAAGAACACCAUUGUCUGUGACUGCCUCAAUGGCUUAGAGUUAGUUACAGACAAAGAAAAAGGAGCAAUCCAAGCCAUACGCGAUCAGUAUGGGGAUCUCUUAAAAGAGAUGAUUGAGAGACAGAGAGAGGCCCAGUCGUCUUCUACGGAGGCCCCAGAGGGACAGAGAGACCCUGCAGAGAACUCAGCGAAUCUUGAGGCAAUGAAGGACGACGAGAACCUCUCUGUUUCUAAACUAUCUUGUGGCAGAGGACAGUCGGCAGCUGACUUGGAGUGUAAUCCAUCGCUACUGCACAGAGUCCACCGGAGAUUUGAGCCAAAUCUGUCAGACUCAGCAGCAGCUAUCUCUCACAGGCACGUGGCACUUUCCCAUGUCUCCCCUAGGCUGCAUGCACCUUUUGGAACCUAUAUGUGA